AUGGCUGUCAUUGACCCAGAAAAAAACUGUUUGCACUCCCACUCACUGUCACGGACAAUCCGUGUGGUCGUUGCUACUAGCAACCAAGCGCUUGCUGCGCGACUAAGUCUGGACGCCAGUGGCAGAACACGAGCAGACGGUUUCCGGUGCGAGAAUGGAGAUGUGUACGAACGCCUAGGGCCCCAGUGCAGCUCGUUCAGCGACUGGAUCAAUACACUCAGCAGACGAGGCUGUGAUCUCACCUUGCCCUUGGUCCAGGCCUGGGUGCACUGCCCCAAACGACAUGAGUUUCUACUACUACCGCGCCCCCGGGCAGUAGAGAAGGUCGAGAACUAUGGCUUCCGUAAAGUCAGUCCCUCUGAGCUGACGGGCAUCAUAGAACGAGUGAGUCGCCCUACAUACAACAGCCAACGGAACAUCGAAACACAGCCUCCUCUACAGAUCCCGAGCAAGACGACCUCCUACAUCUUGCCGCGGCAGCGAGCUGGAUCCGCUCCUCCAGCACAUUCUGACCGACGGCUGUCAGACAGAGAACUGCAGCGAGUCGUCCGUCGUCUGACAAGAACGACUGUCAGCUACGAAGCGUCCAGAUACGACUUUAUACCUCCCGAUGACUCGGCAGUUCCACUGGAGAAGCUCAUCCGGCCCAAAUCGGUCCCCGGUGACGAGCGCAUCAAAGCCUUCCAGCAGCUGUCCCGCCCGACCACAGCGUCCAGGGCCAAGACACUGGGUGACUGCGUGCUGUGUGCCGACCGCCAGGAGCUGCAGCGGAAAAACACGCUGGUCCCCUUUGAGUACGAGUACGAUGACGACAGACUGGUUCCCCCCGAAGAGCUGGAGGAGAUCGUGGAGAGGGUCAGCGCCCCGACCUUCGCGCAUAAGGCGCAGCGGUGUCCCCGCACGCCCGCGCACGUGGACGAGGUGCUGCUGCGUAGGAACGUGCCGCUGGUCAGCGGGCUGCCGCGCACCGCCACCGUCAGGGACAUCGUGCGCAGACUGCACCCGGCACGCGGCCGACACGUGACACCGCCAUCCACACACAUCUCCAUCUUGCCCUAGCUGAAGAUGCCCACUUCGCCACUGGUGCCGACAACACACACACCCUCUUUCACUCACAUACUACGAGACUGGACGAUAUGAACACAUAACUCUAGAGUGAUGGCGUGGAAUCGUGUUUCUCUUCCACCUCCUCUGAAGUGGUACAGCAAAUGAAGUUUCUUGUGUUUGGUCACUCAGCGCCAGAGAAAGGAAGUACUGUUAUCUGCAUUGUACAAUGAGGCUGAUUUAUAAGUAAAGCAUCUGUGAUAAUCCUGGAAAAGUUAUUAUACUUACUGGUCAGUGUGAAGCUUUGAUACUUUCCACAUACUGAAACAUACACGUGCUUUCCAUUGACUGAAAUGUGUUUGAUUCUUUCCACUGACUGAAAUAUUUAUGUUUUCCAGUGACUGACACAUGUAUGAUGCUUUCCGGUCACUGACACGUGACAUCUUCCCAGUGACUGACACGUAUGAUCUUUUCCAACCAUGGAGAUUUCCAGACUAUUAUGCCUUUGAGAAGUUGUAAUAUUUUCCCCAAAGUUUUAUUAGUUAACAUCCGGAUUUAUUAGUCAACAUCAGGAUUAAAAAGAUGGUAGAGUGUUGAACCAA